AUGGAUGAUAUCAAGGACCAAGUUACUCCGGCUUCAGAGGCUCCAGUUCAAGGAAGGACUGAUUCUAAUGAGGGACAAAUCCCUAAUGACCCUCUAGCCGAACAAGUGACUAAUGCAGAAUUUCUGUCUAGGCCUAAUAAGGAGAAACGUCCAUUUCCCCUUUGCGAUAGUUGUGGUAGGACCCACCAAGGAGAAUACGUGGCCGGUAAGGAGGGUUGCUACAAGUGUGGUGGUAUGGGUCAUAAGAUGAGGGACUGUCAGGUGGCUUCUAGUAAAGGGAGGGAAUCUAAGAGGGCUAGAUGCAAGGGUGGAGCUUGUCAAUCCAAGCCCAGUAAUAGUUUUAGUACAUCUACUAUUUGCAAGUGUUCCAAGUGUGGGAAAAACCAUAGGGGAGAGUGCUUACUGGGGUCGGGUGCUUGCUAUAAGUGUGGAAAGCCAGGUCAUUAUACAAGGGAGGGUAGGAGUAGUACCAGACCUCAGGCUCUGGCCCAGACUAUAGGUCAUCAAGAUCAAAGUGCUACUACAUCGGAUGGCGGUCAACACCAAGAAAGAUUGUAUGCCUUUCAGAUUCAUCAGGAGCUAGAGGAUUCUCCCAAUAUUGGGACUGGUGCAACUAUCUCACAUUGGCUUAAGCUGUAA